AUGCUCUUCAGCAAUAUCAUUGAUGAACUCCCAGAGCUCCCAAAGUUUGAAGUUGAUGGGGCUGUAGUCAAGCCAUCUGAAUGCUCUAAGGACCUUGGGGUUAUAGUGGACGGUAAACUCUGCAUGAAACAACAUAUCCAGAAGAUCUGCAGAGCUGCUUCAUUUGGCAUCCAUAGAAUAGGGAAACUCCGAAAGUACCUUGACAAGAAUUCCACUGAGAGACUGGUCAAUGCAUUUGUUACUUCGCAGAUUGACUAUUGUAAUAGUUUCUUGAUCAACUUGCCUGCAUCUCACUUAUCUAAACUCCAGCACAUCCAGAACACAGCCGCACGUCUAAUCACACGCACAAGAAAGCACGAGCACAUUACUCCUAUUCUUCUUUCACUUCACUGGUUUCCUAUUCCACAACGUAUUCAGUUCAAGGUUCUUCUUCUAACCUACAAGGCUUUCAAUGGACUCGCACCAUCAUACAUCAAAGAACUCAUCCAGCCCAAGACUCAGACCACUUCCAUCCGGCUCCGUUCAUCAUCAUCAAUUCACCUACAGCUAGCACCAGGUCCACGCACUAAGACACGCUACGGUGACCGUGCUUUCUGUGUGUGUGCCCCCAAGCUUUGGAACGAUCUCCCAGUGAUAAUCCGUGAUUCUCCUUCUGUAGACACCUUCAAGAUCAGACUCAAAACAUAUCUAUUCAAUGGACUGUAG